AUGGCCGGCGCCGACGUUGAGAAGGAGCCCGUUCCCGGCGUCGAAGAGGCGGCCGACCGCAAUGGCAGCGUCUCCGCCGCCAUCGUCAAGCACAGCCACGAUGCCGACGCCGCCAUGAAGGCCUUUGCCGAGAACCAGGGCCAAGUCUUGGACAUCGACGAGGCCACCAAUGCGCGCCUGCUGCGCAAGAUCGACUGGCACCUGAUGCCGCUCCUCUGCGUAGUCUACGGCCUGAACUUCCUGGACAAGACCUGCAUCAGCUAUGCCUCCGUCAUGGGCCUGAAGAAGCCCCACUCCGAGGGCGGCAUCGACAUCACCUCGGAUCAAUACAGCUGGCUGGGUUCCAUGUUCUAUUUCGGUUACCUUGCCUGGGAGUGGCCGACGAACCGCCUUCUGCAGUACCUGCCGCUGGGCAAAUACUCCGCCUUCAAUGUCAUCAUGUGGGGCGUCGUCUUGGCUCUGUUUGCGACAGUCGAGAACUUCGCCGGCGCCGUGGCUGUCCGCUUCUUCCUGGGUCUCUUCGAGGCCGCCGUGACGCCUGGCUUUGCUUUGUUCACCAGCCAGUGGUAUACCAAAAAGGAACAGGGAUUGAGGACAGGAAUUUGGUUCAGCUUCAAUGGCGUGGCGCAGAUUGUUGGAGGCUUGGUCGCAUACGGCAUCGCUCGCGGGACCGCUAUCCACGGCUCCGCCAUCGCACCAUGGAAGAUCGUCUUCCUCGUCACCGGUCUCCUUACUACUGUCGUCGGCAUCGUCUUCCUUUUUGUCAUGCCCGACAAUCAGCUGAACUGCCGUUGGUUGACAAAAGAAGAGCGCCUGCUGGCUCUUGAACGCAUUCGCGUCAACCAACAAGGUAUCGGCAACAAACACUGGAAGUUUUACCAGGUCAAAGAAGCCUUGAUGGACCCCAUGGUCUGGGCCUUCUUCUGGUACGCCUUGAUUGCCGACAUCCCCAACGGCGGCGUCACCAAUUUCUUCUCGCUGCUCAUCCAGUCGUUUGGCUACACUUCGGAGCAGUCCCUGCUGUACGGCACUCCCGGCGGUGCGGUUGAAAUCGUCACUUUGGUCGUUUGCGGAUAUCUCGGCGACAAGUACGGCUGUCGCAUUCUGGUCUCGACCUCUGGCCUCUUCCUCGGCAUCCUGGGCAUGGCUCUCAUCGUUGGACUUCCCGAAAGCAUGAACGUCGGCCGUCUGAUCGGAUACUACCUGACGCAGGCCACGGCCACGCCCUUCGUCGCCCUGCUGUCCCUGAUCUCCACCAACGUGGCCGGCUACACCAAGAAGACGACGGUGGCGGCUCUGUACCUGAUAGGCUAUUGCGUGGGCAACAUCAUCGGGCCGCAGACCUUCCGUGGCGACAACUACCUGCCGGCCGAGAUCACCAUUCUGGUCUGCUACGGCAUCUCGCUCCUCGACAUGCUGUUCAUCUACUGGUAUUGCAUGCAUCAGAACAAGAAGAAGGCCGCGGCCAGAGCGGCGCCGGGUUACGUGAAGCUUGAGAACCAAGAAUGGCUCGACCUCACGGACAAGGAGAAUCCAGAGUUCACCUACGCUCUGUAG